CGCUAAGCGAAAACAGCUGCACUUGUAUUGGUUUGUUAGUUAACGAAAUCUGGUUGAAAUGUUUGUUUCCUCAUAUUACUAACAAUUAAACCAACACGUCGACAUGGACGACUCGGUGUUCAAGCUGAAAUACCAAAAAUACAAGCUGCGCGUCAAGUUGUGGGAGAAAGAUUUCAAGAAGAAGAAUGGCCGUGUUCCAUCAAAGUAUGAUAUUAGGGAGGCUAGUCAGGAGAUUCGCGACUCCUACAAAAUGUACUACAAGCUGAAGACAUCCUUUCUGGAGGAGACGCUAAACGAUGUGCUCAGCGAAGAUGGAUACGAUAUCCUGGAGAUGUCACAGGCCAGUGAUUUGGGUGUGAGCAUGCUGGACCAGGACCUCAGUCUUAAUGGAGGUCCCCAGCUGCCUCUGGAUAUAUCUGCGCUGGUGGAGCCACAGAGCUCUGCUAAUCUGGAGAAGAUUCCACAGUCGGCGGAGGGCUCGUUCUCUAAUCUCGACGAUCUGCCCAAUCGUCAAGUACUCACCAAUCUGGUCAAUCGCGAUGAAAACCAUGUCAUUCGCAAAUUUGAGGCGGUGGAGGAGCUGGCAAUCAACCAAAAUGCCUGGGGCAUUAAUGUGAGUAAGAAGCCAGCAGCUCCACCACAGCCUUUAGAGUCCUCCAAAUCAGCUCCAAUGCAGGGAAAGCAACCUAAAGCGGCCGCUAGUCUUAAGCCCAGCUUGAGUGCCAAGUUAUUCCAGUCCACACGCGGAUUUGCUAAACGAAAUCCUCGGAAGCCGCUGUCACGUAGUGUCAGUUCCUCUAGUUCCACUACUUUACUUAGCUCAGUUCCCACUGAUAAUCAGGAGGAACUGCCCGACUUUGAGACCAUACUCAUACGCAAAGCACAGGAGUACAAAGAGAAGGAGCAGGCCUUAGCUAUCAAUCCAAUGCUGUCCGGUGAUCACAGUAAGGACAGUAUCAAAACCGUUGUGGACGACGGCUGGCUGCAGCGGAAUACCAAGGAGAACACUCUUGAGGAAGAGAAGCCCUUUGCAGAAGCAAAUAAUAUCAGUGGUCUGCCCAAGAAAACAAACUUUGGCCUGGCCAAUCUUGAUUUAAGUAAACUUAAGCCCACCGUUAAGGAGGAACAGGUGGUGCUGGCCAAGCCCGAACAGGUGCCAAGCACGCAGGAGCUGCAAACAGAUAAGAGUGCUACCAUGAACCAGAAACCAGCUCAUCCCAGUCACACACCACCUGCAUCCAGCCAACAAUUAGCUGCUCCUAAAAGUAAACCUCGACAAAGUGAGCAGGAAACCGAAUCGGACUCUGACUCUGUUGUGGCUGAGAGUGAAGAAGAGCCGGAGCCACAGGAGUAUCGGCAGCUGGCAAAGCGUCGCAAAAUUGUUUCAACAGUAUCAGGAGCAGUGGAAGUAGCCGCCUCAGUUGAAAUUCCCAAAGAAGUCGAACCAGAGACAGAAACAUUUACUUCAGAAAACCCAGACGAUGAAUAUGGUAUGGAUUUCUCUGCCGAUGAAGAUCAGGAUGCCACAUAUGUACCAGAGAAAGAAAAGAAGGAUAAGGCAAAGCGCAAACAAGCCGCAAAACAAGCCGGAAAACAAAAGACCACUAAGCCUAAAGCGGAACCAAAGCCGAAAGCUGAGAAGAAACCCAAAGUCAAAGGUGAAAAGAAACCCAAGGUGGAGAAGAAGCCCAAAAACUCUAAAAAAGUCAUUGCUGCCGAACCGGCUCCUGAUCCAGAAGAGGAUGAGAGCCAGCCAUUGAAUCCGGAAGACCUGAAGUACGUGCUGGCCUUGGAGGCGGGAGAUCUUACCUCCGUUCCUCGCAUAAAUGUGCAGGACUUAGAAGAAGCUGAUGCUACCGCUCAGCGCUAUAUUAGAACUUUUGCCGCUGGAUCCAACACGGGAUUAUCGGAAGGUUCCAACAUCCGAGUGGAUGAAAAGAGAGCCGCAGCACGAAAGAAACUUGAGGAACGCAUAGCAGCUGGUAAAUUAAACGAGAACUUUGUGACCAUAAACAUUCAAAAGAAAAAGUUCGUCCGUGGCAAAAAGUCCGUAAACUUCAGCAAGUACAAGAAGCAACAGUGGCGGAAUAAGAAACGAGUGGCGGCCUUGAGUGGGCCCGACAUGGAUAUGGGUGGCUGUGAUGGCGGAGUGCUCACCUGCUUCCAGUGCGGCGGAGUCGGACAUUUCGCCCAGCAGUGCAAGGUGAAGGGAGAUAGCCUAUUGCCUCUUUCGGCACAGCUGGAAGAGGAUCCCUCGCCGUUUCCCACACUUGCCGAGGCCCAGGAGAUGGCCAGCCAAGGAGCAUUGGUGGCUCACAGUCGCAACAUCUCAAGGCUGCCACAGGCGGCCAAUGCAGCCAUCCUGCAAGGCGAUGAGUUCAAUAAGUCAGAGGAAGAGAACCAAGAAAGCAGCAGCACUGAUGAGGAGGGACAGCAUCAUCCAGAGCCGGAUUGGUCUAGCGAUGAAAUGGACGUCGAUUUCGAGGCCCUGGAUGCGGCCGUGGAAGCUUCCCUAAGUCAGCCGGACUCGCAAGAGAAAGCCGCUUCACCUAUUAAGACAUACGUCGGCCACAAGAUUCCCGAGCAGUUUCUUAAGGAGGCUGGCCUGGACCCCAACGCAUCCAGUUCGAAUCGCAGCCAGCACGGUGGGGUGAAGCCACUAUAUGAUCUCCUUCCGGAUGGCAGUGUCCAGGAGACGACACCGGAGGUUCUGGAGGCACUACACAUGUUCGGUCACACCAACUUCAGGAAAGGUCAGGAUCGCGCCAUUAUGCGUACUCUUUCCGGACUCUCAUCUCUAGUUACACUUAGCACGGGCAGCGGCAAGUCCUUGUGCUACCAACUGCCCGCCUAUCUGUAUAGCCGUAAGGUGGGAGCUAUUACGCUAGUCAUCUCGCCAUUGGUGUCGCUUAUGGAGGAUCAGGUGACCGGAGUGCCGCACUUUCUGCGAGCUCACUGCCUGCACACCAAUCAGACGGCGCCGCAGCGUAUGAAGAUUCAGCAGAUGAUUGCCAAUGGGGAGAUUGACAUUCUUCUUGUCUCUCCGGAGGCGGUAGUUGCCGGGGAAAGAGCCACGGGAUUUGGAGCUAUUCUUCGCCAGCUGCCGCCCAUUGCUUUCGCUUGUAUAGACGAGGCGCAUUGUGUGUCUCAGUGGAGUCACAACUUUCGUCCCAGCUACCUGAUGAUCUGCAAGGUGCUGAGAAAGAAUCUCGGUGUACGCACAGUGCUUGGGCUAACGGCCACAGCCACAUUGCCAACGCGUGUGAGCAUUAUAAAUCACCUUGGCAUAACGGAUGGAGAACGUGGUGUUAUUAGCGAUAUCCCACUGCCUGACAAUCUAGUGCUGUCCGUCUCCAAGGACGAUAACCGAGAUGCGGCGUUGCUUCAACUGCUCAAUAGCGAACGUUUCGAGCCCUGCCAAUCCAUCAUCAUCUAUUGUACGCGUCGUGAUGAGUGUGAGCGAAUCGCUGGGCUUAUUAGAACGUGCGUGCAGGAUCGCAGGGAACCAGCUCAGGAUCAGACAAAGAAACGCAAACGUGUGAACUGGCAAGCAGAGCCCUAUCACGCAGGAAUGCCCGCUUCCAGACGGCGAACCGUUCAGAAGGCCUUCAUGGGUAAUGAGCUGCGCAUUGUGGUGGCAACCAUCGCCUUUGGCAUGGGCAUUAACAAGCCGGAUAUACGCGCCGUAAUUCACUAUAAUAUGCCAAGAAACUUUGAGAGCUAUGUGCAGGAAAUUGGUCGAGCAGGUCGCGACGGGCUGCCAUCACACUGUCACCUCUUCUUGGAUGCAAAGGGUGGCGACCAGAGUGAGCUGCGUCGUCAUGUGUACUCCAACUCUAUUGAUCGGCAUGUUAUCCGUAAGCUGCUGCAUAAGAUUUUCGUGCCAUGUAGCUGUGACAAGGAUGCUGUCAAGGGGACAGCUCCCCCGGUCGCCCUCGAAGGUGAUGGUCCCAGGGUGCAUGUGUGUCCGGGGCACGAGAUUGGCUUCUCCGUGGAGAAAACCGUUGAGAUGCUGGACAUCCCGGCGGAGAACAUAUCCACGUUGCUCUGCUACAUGGAGCUCGACCCCCGGUGGUGCAUCAGUGUGCUCAGCUCAGCAUAUGUGAUGGUCAAGAUAAUCUCCUAUGGUGGGCCCAAGUACCUGAAGCAUGCUGCAAAGGAAUGUCCACCAUUAGCCAUGGCCAUUGCUUUGCAGAUAAGGGACAAGACUUUUAAAGAGGACUCGAACAUCAUUGAAUUCUCGGUCACCGAUAUCGCGGCAGGAAUUGGCUGGAAUAGUGGUGUGGUCAAGUACCAACUGAAGGAUCUGGAGUGGGUGAAAGUAAAUGGAUAUCCCAAGCGAUCACCAAUCACAGUGAGCUUCUAUGAUUUGGGAUUCCGCAUCAAGGUGCCGGGCGACUUUACCGAAUCAGAAAUCGACAACGCUCUGGACACUCUCUAUACGCGAUCCGUAAAACAGGAGCGUACGCAGCUCAUCCAGCUGCAAUAUGUGGCCCAUGGACUGGCUGCUGUGGCCUAUAGCUCUUGCGGCCAGUGCUGCAGUGCGGAUUUUCCGCAGGAUCGGGGCGAGCAGCUAAAGGCUAUCGUGCGCAACUACUUUGCCAAUGACUACCCACAGGAUCUGGAGCUGGAAAUAGAGCCCAGUAACGUGCCGGAUGAGAACAUCAUAGACGACGUUCAUGCCCUUAUAAACAUGUACCCGGACAAUACAUUUAGCGGACGGAAUAUUGCGCGCAUCUUUCACGGCAUCACGAGCCCUAACUAUCCGGCUGUCAUCUGGGGACGCUGCAAGUUCUGGCGCGCCCACGUCAAAGUCGAUUUCAAUCGCAUCCUGCAACUGGCCAACAUGGCUAUCAUCAAGAGGCGUACGUGACCGUGAUAUUAAGAUGAAACGCCAGGGGGAUUCUCUUAUGUAUUCGGUGCCGUGGUUAACUUAAAUUAAUAGCUUCAUGAAUUUAAAAAUAUGUGAUGCCAGUCAAUAACAUUUUAUUCGUAUAAGUCUGAUAAUAGAAACAUAAAUUACAAUUUUCUUACACUAUGCUUACAAACUAUAAAAGGAAUGUUUCUGUUUAAAAACUCUAAAAUAAAAAGGUUUAGUUAAAUAUGAA